GCACUCUGUCCAGUCCCUCUAGAACAUGGACAUUGGCUCAGAGCCUGCAGGCUACCUCAUACAAGCCCUUCCUUCUGCAGGGGCUGGGUCAGGAGGCUGGCUGGGUACUCCACCCAGACCCUUCCCACGUCCCCAGAUCCCACCCCUUUGGUGGAACCCAGGUACCUAGCUCCAUGACACAGCUGCGGUCUCCCAUUAUCAGGGCACCCCUGCGGGGUGGGGCAGCUCCAUUUGCUUAAGGCUUAGUUCAGAGUAGCCUCGGCCCCCAUGACGUCAAACCUGACCCCUUAUAAGAUGAAGGGUCCCAGCCUACGGUCCCUGAGCAACCUCCUAGCUGUGACAUGGCUCAGCUGACCAGUGGCCUCUGCUCCACUUUCGGCUUCCUCUGCUGCCUCCUCUUCCUUCCAGCUUCUUGGGAGGCAGGUGCUAAUACAUUUCAGGAACUUCAGAAGACUGGCAAGACUUCAAUAUUUGAUCAUUUACUCCCCCUUACUCCCGGCUUUACUCCCAGAGCUCCCUCUGACCACGCAGAUCGGAACUCAGGACAACGGCCUCCAGCUGCUGCCCCCAACUCUAUGGCAACCCAGGAGCCCAAGAAACAGUGCAACACCGUACGUCUCGCCAAACCAACCCACAAACCUGUAGCCACAGACUCCCAAAACACCACUGUUCAUCGUGAAAUACCUCCCGCUGUGGAAAAGAGCACCAGCCGCCAAAGACAAGACCCGAUGAUCCGCAACGGACGCUCCGCUGAUGGCCCCAAAUCCACUAACACAGAGAAAGGGUCUGAGAGAAAACAUUCAACCUCAGCACCAAGGAGAACUUGUCAGUCCACAACAAGCAAAACCAGAGUGACGAGGAGUUCGGGUACCCCAGUGAGUCCUGUGGAGACCAGCACCAAGGUAAGGACCACCUCACAGAAGGCCAUCACUGCCCCCCAUGACUCGGUGCUCACUAGGAGAAGCACUUCUUCCUCAGUAAAACCCACAGAAGCUCCAAGGCCCUCAUACAGGACUCUAAGCACCCCAGGAAAAGCAGGAGCUGAAGACCACAGGACUCUGUCCCCAGACAACGCUGUACAAAUGACUACGGAGCACAGUGAGAGAGAGAGUCUACCAACCAGGGGGAAAACCACAACAGCCCAAGCAAUGCCCACAGAGCACAGCAGAGAAACCACAUCAGCUAACGAGAGUACCACGGGAGCCACAGUGAUGUCCAUAGAACGCCACACAGUGGCCAAUGGAAAUACAACCCACGUCUCAGCAAAGUCUACAGACAACUCAGAAGAGGCCGCAUCAACCACCAGGAAAUCCACAGAAGUUCCCACACCAACCACCAGGAAAUCCACGGAAGUCCCCAUACCAACCACCAGGAAACCCACGGAAGUACCCACACCAACCACCAGGAAACCCACAGAAGUCCCCACAUCAGCCACUAGGAGACCCACGGAAGUCCCCGCACCAACCACCAGGAAAUCCACGGAAGUCUCUGAAAGCUCCACAGUAUUCUGGAGGAAAACCACACCAGCCACCAAGACCAUAAAGGCCACAGGAAACCCAGAGAAAACAGCAACGGUCUCAGUGACCCCACUACCUCCGGUCAGGUCCAUGGAGCACAAGGCUACGACUCCUUCCCUUCAUCUCCACAAAACUGAGACCACGCGCCAGGGACUCGUCGGCUCUUCGACAUCUGGAAUGGUCCUGAGACCCAGCACUUCAGAGGCUAACUACCCCCAGGAGAACACCCACAGCUCGCCUGGAGGCCUCCUGGAUGCUGGGGCGAGGGGGGAGAGAAAUCCGUUCCCUGCAUGGGCCAUCGUUGUCGUGAUCCUCAUGGCUGUCAUCAUCCUCCUGAUUUUACUUGGCCUGAUCUUUUUGGUCUCCUGUGCAUCACGUGCCCGCCACGUUCUGACCCAGGAUGCAGAGGACACGGACCCUGAGGACAAAGUGGGCCGCAAUUCCUACCCGGUCUACCUGAUGGAGCAGCAGAAUUUGAAACCAAACCAGAUCCCCUCCCCUUCGUGAUCCUGAGACCUGCACCCCCAGCUCUCCCAGGCU